CCGCACAGACAUAAUAUUCAUUAAAAUCGUAUAUUAAUCCUGCAUUAUUAUACAAAGUAUACAUAAUUGAAAGUGCCGGGAACAGCUAUCCCAAUUACCCACGACAUUAAUAAUACUUUCAUCAAACCGCAAUAAAAACAUAGUGUUUUAUAAUUCUGUAUUUAUUUUAAUAUAGAAAAUAGAAAUAGGAAUGGGGUGCUGAGAAACUGAACCAGUGACCUACUUGUUAGCACAUAAAGAUCCUUGGUUCUACAAGGCAUCCACUGAAGGCCCAAGGACCAUAAUAUACAAAAGGCAUGAUAAUACACAGCCUUCAAAUCGUUGCUAUUUCUGUACCAAGUAUGAAACAACGUGGAGAAUCCGUCACUCUGACUUGUGACUACGAUUUGGAAGGAGGGAAGUUAUACUCAGUUAAGUGGUAUAGGGAUAAUGAGGAGUUCUACAGAUAUAUGCCACGUUUGAGGCCUCCACAACACGCACAUAGAUUGGAGGGUGUUAAAGUUGAUCUGGAGAGGUCAAGCGCUCGGCGCGUGCACCUUCGGGACCUGACAUUCAAGUCCCGAGGCCUCUACCGCUGCGAAGUGUCUGAAGAGGCCCCCUCCUUUCACUCCGCACAAUCUGAGGCUUUCAUGGAAGUUUAUUAUUUUUCGCGCGAAAACCCACGUAUAGUUGGCCAUGAACGAAUAUAUGAAUUACAUGAGCCACUGGACGUCAAUUGCACAUCGGCGAAAGCAUUUCCAGCACCGGCUUUAGAAUGGCACAUGAAUGGACAUAUGGUAACGGACAGAUCGUUGAUGAUAGAAUACGAUCCUGAACCAGUACCACAAGGCUUUUAUAUUUCAACAUUGGGUCUUCGGGCACAGGCCAGGCCUCAUAUGCGCGUGCGAUGCAUUGCCAGCAUAGGCAAUCAUAAGCGGGAAAGAACAGUUUUAAUAGAAACCAAUUCAUCGAAUCGCCACAUAGAAACGAGCUUUAGUCCAAUAAUUAUCAUCGUCAGUAAUGUAUUUUUAUAUCAAAGUUUAUCAUGA